UGUACCUGUAUAUAUUUAUAUGUGCAAAGUGCUGACCAGUUAAACAUAGAGUAAAACUGCUGACCAGUUGAAUAUAGAGUAAAACUGCUGACCAGGCGUGUACCUGUAUAUAUUUAAUGUGUGCAAAGUGCUGACCAGUUAAACAUAGAGUAAAACUGCUGACCAGUUAAAUAUAGAGUAAAACUGCUGACCGGGCGUGUACCUGUAUAUUUUUAUUCUCUGUAUUUCUAUGUGGUCAGCAGUUUCACGUAAAUGAGAUAUCGCUAGAAAGUGCUGACCAGUUAAAUAUAGAGUAAAACUGCUGACCAGUUAAACGUAGAGUAAAACUGCUGACCAGUUAAAUAUAGAGUAAAACUGCUGACCGGCCGUGUACCUGUAUAUAUUUAAUGUGUGCAAAGUGCUGACCAGUUAAACAUAGAGUAAAACUGCUGACCAGUUAAACGUAGAGUAAAACUGCUGAAAUACUAAACGCUUUACACAUACACAGUUUUUAUAUACCUGAAUACUACGGAAUUAUAAAUGUUUAACAUGUAUAUUUUUUCAGGCGCUGCUCGUCGGUUUCUGGGGAGAGAUGGACUACACCUCAAUAUCGAAGGCACUGAGAAGUUGGCCAACAUCAUCGAAACAGCAAUGGAGUCCGUACCUGCAGUUUCCGUACCCACGUAUUCUCCGAGUCUUGAGCCAGAGGCUACGUGCAUCGCACCUCCGGGAAGACCAAAUCAACCGUCACCGUCCGAUCAUCAGCAAUCCCAUGGUUGGUCCAAGGUUGAUAGGAUAGGUCGCAAGUCGUACUCAAGUCGUAAAACAGGUCGUCGGUCGUCUUCACGUCAAAAGUCGGGUGAACAAGCCUCGUCGGGUUCUGUUGGUGGUCAAUCGUCUUUGGUUGAGAGAGCUUUAGAAAACAGGAGAGUCUACGAAGCCGUUCGUGAUCUUCCAUCUGCUCCACUAUCAAACGGCCGGUAUCAAGCAGCUGCACCUGCGUCGGUUAGAAGAUCAUCUACUUACCUACAGUCUACAAGUCUAUAA